UUACAAGAUUCUGCUUCUCCAAUAAUAGAAUGAAUAAUAAUAUUUCAUGAUUUUACUUUAUUAAUUAAUUUAAUUAUUGUAGUUUUAAUUUUAUGAAUUAUUAUAAAUGUUUCUUUAAAUAAAUUGGUUGUUUUAAUAGUAGAAAGACAAGAGAUUGAAAUUAUUUGAACUAUUAUUCCUAUUUUUACUUUAGUAAUUUUGGGGGUUCCUUCAAUAAAAAUUUUAUAUAUAUUAGAUGAGGUUUAUUCUCCUUUUUUAACAGUUAAAGUAGUGGGACAUCAAUGGUAUUGGUCUUAUGAAUAUUCUGAUUUUAUAAGAAAAAGAGUGGAUUCAUAUAUAGUAAAAGAUAUUAUUUUAAGGAGGUUUCGUUUACUAGAUAGAACAGAGAAUUUAGUGUUACCAAUAGAUGUACAAAUUCGAUUUUUAAUUUCUUCUGAGGAUGUAAUUCACUCAUUUGCUGUUCCUUCAGUAGGAAUUAAAGUUGAUGCUGUUCCUGGGCGGUUAAAUCAGGGAAGAGUUAAUAUAUCUUUACCUGGUUUUCAUUUAGGACAAUGUUCAGAAAUUUGUGGAAUGGCUCAUAGAUUUAUACCUAUUAUUAUUGAAGGGAGGGGAGUGGAAAAUUUUAUAGAUUAUAUAGAAGAUUUUAUUGAAGAAUAAAAAAUAGUCUAAUUUAAUUUAA